UAGAAAAACGCGAUUUUUUACUUAUGAAUAUAUAAUGCUUUAUUAUGCGGAAUUGCAGAAUAUUAUCUCGGCGUUUUUCGUGAUGCAAUACGUUUCUUUUUGCAACCGUCUCCAAGAGAAUACGCGAUUAGGUUUGUGAUUUGUCGUGAAACCCGACGAUUUGAUCGUUCCGUACAGUAUUCCUCUGCCUCGCUAACACAAAAUGUCUUUUUACGAUAACCGCUACUACCAUUCCAAUAAAAUAGUCCUGUCACUUGUCGGUCAAUGGCCGUUUCAAUCGCGAAUAAAAAGCAGCGUGAUGUUUGCCUCUACGGUUUUGGUCGUUUUCACUAUGAUGGCCUUAGUGCUAUGGGGAUUGAUAUCUGGAAUAACGGAUAUAACUAUCGUCAUGGAGAAUAUGUCACCGCUGCUUGUCAAUAAUUUCGUCAUUAUAAAGUUAAUGAAUUGCUUGUAUAAUAAAUAUAAAAUGAAAGAGUUGCUGGAGCGUAUCGAAAAGACUUGGAAAAUCAUGCACGUGGGACAUGAGAAUACAAUACUAAGGCUUUACGCAGAAGAAAGCAGAAAGUCCACAGUACGAUAUAUAAUUGCUCUUUAUUCGGCAUGGAUCUUCUAUUGCGUAACGCCAAUCGUCGUUAACCGAAUCUCUGUAGUCUUACCGACGAACAACACUCAUACGCCCAAGUUUCUUUAUCGCUUGGAACACGUUAUCGACAUGCACAAAUAUUACAACCUAUUGAUGCUUCACGGGUCUAUCUGCGUAUUUUAUACCGUCUCCGUAAUAAUAGCUAUCGACUGCUUUUUCGUUCUUUGCACUCAGCAUGCCUGUGCAUUGUUCAAGUGUAUAAAAUACAAUGUAGAAUGCAUAGGAGUUGCGGAUUUGGAAUCGCUCAAUCCAAAUGUCAAAGAUGAUGAAGCAUAUCAUGCCAUAAUCAAUAGUAUCAAAUUGUAUAAAUAUGCUUUAAAAUUUGCCGAUCUGCUCUCAACCACGUACGCAACAUCUUUUCUAUUUACGUUAGGAAACGUUGUUAUAAGCUUAAGCUUUGGCGCGGCUAAGAUGAUAAUGUUGAAGAGUAGCUUCGAUCAAAUCAUCAGAAUUAUGUCUACUAAUUUAGCGCAAGUGCUACAUAUAUACUAUUUGAGUUCAACGUCUCAACAAUUGAUCGAUCAUAGCAGCGAACUUCAAGAAGUAAUUUAUAGCUGCAAAUGGUACGAUAUUUCAUUGAGAUCCAGACAACUGUUGCAAUUCACAUUAUUGCGUACAACUAAACCGUGCCAAAUAGAAGCUGGUAAAAUGUUUACAAUGUCAAUGGAAAACUUUAGCUCGAUCUUGAAAAUGUCUCUAUCAUAUUUUACGAUGAUUAGAUCAUUACAAUAAAAAUUGUAAUAAUAAAUUUAUUACAGAAACGUAGACUGAGAACUUAAAUAUUAUGUAUAACACUUAAAUAUUAUGUAUAAUACAUUAUUUGCCUAACUAUUU